AUGAAACUGCAGAUCUCGGCGCCCUUCUCUCUAGGAGCCCGCAGCGCCCUGCCCAGAACUCACCUCUGCCCUCCCAACAGCUCGGCCUCUGUCCAGACGCCUGGAAGCUGGGCCCGCAGCCGGUGGGGUGGCCGUGCCCUGCCGCGGCGGCCACGGCCCUCGACGUGCGCCCAGCCCUGGCCCCGCUCUCCGCCCUGCAACGCCCCGACCCCUCUCCCUUCCCCUCCCCCUCCCCCGGGCCGGAUGGCCGCGCCGCCGCGCCGCCGGGUGGGCCAGCGCUCCAGCCCAGAUGUGCGAGGCCGGGGCGGGGCCGGCAGCGCGGGCCUCCGCCGAGGGGCCCCGCCCGGCUCAGUCCACAGCCCCUCCCUGCGCCCCUCCUGCGCCUCCCAUUUCCCAGCCACCCGGGGGGCCGCGAGGGAAGAAGGUUGA